AUGUGUACUGGAUUUGGUUAUCAUGAAAGGACCAAUGAUUUUAAGGUUGUUCGAAUUGGAUUUAUUGACCAUGAUUGGUUAAUUGAAGAUUAUUAUGAAGAGCCAAUUACACCUCCUCGUGCAUAUGAUUUUGAGUGUAGGGCUGAGAUAUUUUCACUAAAUACCAAGGUUUGGAAAACACUGAAUUUGAGUCCUAAUUUUUGUUAUAACAGACAUGACAUAUUUUCAGGAGUUGUUGUUAAUGAAUGUUUGCACUGGAAGGCUAUUAAGAGCAACACUUAUGAGGAUAAAAUGGUUAUUUUGUCAUUUCAUAUGGGGGACGGAAUAUUUCACGAUAUUGAAUGCCCAAUAUUUUCUGAUGAAGAGAGGAUUAAUCGAUUUAAAUGUUUUGGUGAGUUUAAGACUAUUAUUGUGCCAGGAAUGUCAAUUUGCAAGCCCUUGGCUUUUACGAGAAAUGGAGAAAUUAUAAUGAGAGAUAGAUCUGGCAAGAUAUUUUGUUACGAUUACAACAAUAAUCCACUGCUUGAUUUGAACAUACAAGAUGACAAGCAUGAUUUGAACUUUAUCAACUAUACUGAAACCUUAGUUUUGGUUGAUCUUAAUGAUGAACUAAUGGAGGAUGAUGUUGGUGAAUUUGUUGAUAUGAGUAUAUGA